CGGGGCUAUAAAAGCUCGCGCGCAACAGCCGCGCCACGUCACACAUCAGCCGAACCGCGCGCCGCGAGGACGCGAGUGAACACGCGCACCGAGCCAUUUGUUUUUUUCGCAUGUCCAUCGCUGCGCGGCGCAUUUGCUCGCCCUUUCUUUCCCUUCGAGAGGAUCCAACGCAAAGAAGCUGGAAGGACAACGAGAAGCGAGAGCUCGAGCUCUACAUGAUCCUAGUUGGAGAGUCGUGAAUCUCAAGACAAACUCAUCGCGAUCGGUCAAUCGAGGCGAGCGUCACGUGAUGUGCUUAACGAGCCUACUCGCGACGCUGACACUAAUCAGCUUGGCUAAUGCGGCGCCGAUGAUACAACCGACUGAUCACAGGGCGAAGAUACCAUUGGAUAAUGAUCACUUUUUACUCAUACUGCUUCUCAAUCGUAAAGAUUUGGGCAUGAAGACAAAGCCAAUGGACGAGACGGGCGGCGACUACAUCGUGGUGUCACCGGACAGUCCAGAACUGCUGGAGCCCAGUCGCGACAACAGCCGUGACAAACGCAUCGGCUCGUUAUCGGUAGUCAACUCGGUGGACGUGCUUCGCGAGCGAGUACUACUGGAAUUGGCGAGACGCAAAGCCAUGGAAGACCAAGGUCUCUUUGGUCGCAAUCGCGAGCUAGUGAGCUCGGUUGGCAAGCGUACCUUCCCUUAUCAAGAUCACCGGAUAGGUAGGAAGAAGAGACUGCAGUAUGUGAUCGAGCCGCAGUGAGAUACAGUUGCAGAAGCUCAUUGAUUCUUCUAUUCUUUGUUCUUGCCAGUAUUAUUUUCUUUUAAGUUCGAGCAUUUAUGGGAUCUGAGUCAGUUCAUAGUCAUCAUCUUCCAUACUCACCACUUGACAGCUGUAUCCUCACAGCUGUAGAGUAAGUAAAUGCUUUCGAUGCAUUGCAAUGCCAUUUUUUCCCUUCGACAUUCCAGAAUCAUUUGUGUGAGAGCGUUUCUUUUACCGACUAUGUACGUUUGCGUAUAGGGCAUGCAAGUAUUUUUGUAAUGUAUUAAUUUAGCGUUACUUAUCGUGCUGAGUUUAUACUCCUAUUUUCUUUCUAAAGAGACGAAGAUUGUGGUCGUGGAAGAGAGGAUCAAUGUGGUCGUGUUUGUUUCAUUUUAAGAGUGACGAGUGAAAAUGUUCGUAACGCUUAGUUUUCAAACAUUAUUGAAAAUUGAUGUACGUUUUGUUGAAACAAAUUUGUAUAAACUAUGUGAACAUCUAAAAGCACUUCGUUAUGGUCAUUUUUUUUAAAUCAUCUUGUGGAGUUCAAGACUUGUAUAAUCAAAAUAGAAUCAUAUACUAUAUUUUUUGACUAUGUCGAUGAAUGCUGAUGUAUUACCAUGGAUAUGGCUAUAUAUGCGACUGAUGAAAAAAAUGACAAAAAUCAUUGAAAAUAAAUAUUCCUAUAAUUUCAAUACCCUAUAUUUUUCCUUUAAUACAAAUGACUAAACAUUUUUAAAACUUGCUAGUAUUCGUUUAACGAACAUAGUAUGUACUACUUACUGCUUAAUACGUUAAGAUACGAAGUCUUUGACUUUGUACAGUUCAUUAUUGCUAGGUAUUGGCGAUACAUCAACUUUAUUGUGUUUGGGAUGAUUUCACGAAUGCUGUCUUAUACAUCUGUUCGACUAUUCACAAACUGAAAUUCAUUUGUUGUAUAAUCAACUCUUGACUGUAGUGACAUUUAUACUUUGAAGUUAUCGAUAAUACAUACUAUAAUAUGCAAUAAUUUGAUUCAUCAUUUGCUGCGUAAUUGAUCAAACAGUAUACAAAAAAAAAAUAUUAUUACGACAGUUCAUUUGAGCAUUGUGAUUAAAAUAAGUUCCUUAAUAUCAAUCAAUUUUUAAAAGCAAACAUUAUUUUUUUAAUUGAAGAAACUAGCUAUUUUAUUAAAAAUUGAUUUAUUAGCUCAUACCAGAAAUGUUUAUAUUUUCAGUCUUGUAGAAAUUGUAAUAUCUUUUAUCUUUCGUCACCAAUCGUGGUAAAUACUAAAUAGUUUCCACGUCAAUUAUGUCAAUUUAAGGAUAAAUCAGGUGAGAAACAUAUUCGAUGAAGAAAUGUUUAAAAAACUAUGAGCAGCAGUUGUUACUUAAUGCAUAUUUCGUAACAUACAUGGAAGUUACUUGACUUUUAGUUAAUUUUAAAUUUGUUUAAAAUCGUGAAUUAUGGAAGAAUGAGUCAUUCAUUGGUGGAAUUCAACUAAGGAAAUUCAUUGUGAUUGCCAAAAGCUUCUUAAAUGAUAAUAAUUUAAAAUAAGGAAUGAACAAAACAGCAGACGUUCAAUUAUUUCAUCUGUUAAUCGCAAAAGUAAUUCUUAAAGAAUUUUAUUGGUAAUAAAGUAAGGAUAAUACACAAAAUAUACAUACUAUUUAUAAAUAUUACAACUAUAUUUUGAAUAAAAUAAUACUUACAUGAAGAAUAAUCCAAUAAGGAAAUUUUGUAUUUAAUUUUGAUCUCGAAAACUUUUCUCUGUGUAAACAUGAAAUUGUUAUUUUAUACAAACUGUGAGAAAUUAGGUAUUUCUAUCGAUAUAAUUUUCACAAACUCAAUUAUAAGUUACACCGUCGAUUGCGAAAUC